UUAUAGGCCCUCGUCCGAGUGUGACUUGUGAUUCAACGCCACUUGAGUGCGUUGACCCUAAACCGCGUGCGAAUAAUGAUUCCGCGAAAGGUCUUCGUUUUUUUAUUUUUUACUUUGACUCUUAUUCAAGUAUUAAACUAUGCUACCGCGCUAAACGUGCUCGUAAUAGUGACUCUACCACUCAAAAGCCACUAUAUGGCCUUCGAAAGACUUUUCCGACAAUUGGCGUCCAGAGGUCACUCUGUUACGGUCAUGAACAACUACUUGGAACAAAAUCCGCCACCGAACAUGACCUUUGUAGAUCUAUCGCUAAAUAGAGGCAGGAGAAAGACGAUGCCACCGAUGUCUGAUUAUGAACCGAUAAGUUCGAAUUACGUACAUUUACUCAAUUUAUACCGUCAUUUUGUGCUUACUAUACCUGGUACGAUAGAAGACUGUGAAAACUUAUUCACAAAUAAGAAUGUUCAAGAUUUCCUAGCUAAGAAACAAACGAUUGAUGUUAUAUUUGUUGAACAAUUUAUGAGCGAUUGUGGGCUUGCUUUUGCAGCUGCUCUAUACGAUGCGCCAAUUAUUGGAAUCACGUCGCAUACUUUACUACCCUGGGCUUAUUAUCGUCUUGGUAUUCCAUUCGACUUUUCGUCUGAUGCGUACUAUUUUUCUCGAGCAGGGCCGAAUCCUUCUUUGUACGAUAAGGUGGAAGCUUUUUUGGCGGACUACUACAUAACGUAUCUUGCACAGCGAUUGGUUCAUAAUAAUGUAUACAAAGUUUUCAAUAAAUAUCUCCCGGAUGUUUCCCUUGAUAUGGAAAAUGUUGCAAAAGAAAGAAUGAAGAUGAUGUUUGCCUAUCAGCAUUAUUCUGUGACUGGUGCUCGGCUACUUUCGCCCCAAGUUCUGGAAAUCGGGGGUAUGCAUAUAGAUAAAUCCAAACCAAUUCCACAGGACUUAGAAAAAUUCCUAGCAUCCGCCAAACAUGGCGUGAUUUAUGUAAGUUUUGGAUCUAAUUUAAGAGCCAGUACUAUGAGUGCAGAAAAAAUGCAGCAGUUUUUAGAUGCUUUCAAACGAGUGCCACAGAAAGUUCUAUGGAAAUUGGAGAACGUUACGUUAAACGAGGAUUACAAGAACAUAUUGACUCGCCCUUGGUUUCCUCAGCGUGAUAUCUUGUGUCACACAAAAGUCCUGGCUUUCGUCUCACAUGGGGGUAUGCUCAGUCUCUCCGAAGCGGCACAUUGUGGAAAGCCAUUGUUAGCAAUACCAUUCUUUGGCGAUCAAUUCUCUAACGCUGCGGCCAUCGAAAACUCUGGAUUGGGAAGUAUUCUUUACUUUGACCAUGUCAAUGCGGAUACUUUGAAAGACUCGAUUGAAUAUUUGACAUCGGAAAAGAUGCAGAAAAGCGCGCGCUCUGUCUCAAAAUUAUGGCACGAUAGACCAAUGGAUGUGUUAGAGAGCGCCAUCUAUUGGACGGAGUAUGUAGCGCGCCAUCGUACAGCGCCGCCAUCUUUGCCGUCCAAAAGUAGCACGUGGUUCCAGCGUUCACUACUAGAUGUCUAUAGUGUUCUCCUUGUUGCAAUUUUAGCGGUUAUAACACUACUGUAUGUUGUCGUUAGAUUAAUUAUUUAUUUGUUUAAAACCAUUUUAGGCAUAUUUAUAGGAAAAAGGAAAACCGAUUAGGUGAUUUAUCACUGUGCUAUAACCUUACCAAGUCUCAUCAAUAUCUGUUCAGCCGUUCUUGCGUGAUUCUUAAUCGAGAUACAGAUAGACAAAAUUUUUUUUAAUUCAUUUUAUACUUCAGUAUCAAUGAAACGCCCCACAAAAAAAAUAUCUUCAAUGUACAGAAUUUGACGCCGACCAUUUUUAUUACAGUAUAGAUAGAUAGAUUAAUACAAUAAUUGAAUGUAAUAAACCUUACAUUAAAUUAUUAUUAGUUCAAUUUUCUAUGUGUCUAAAGUAAAUUACUACCCAACGUUGUCUGUCAUAGAUUGCCGUGCAGCAUUAAGGCCUUCUUUUGUUCAUAAUAUUACUUUGUAUAAUGUUUAAUUAACAA